GACUUGAAAGCAGCAUCACGACUGGCUGCGUGAGGUGUGUUUGGCCGGGCAAGGACACUUAGAGGGUUGGAAUGACAUUUGUGUAAGUUAUCAGCGGAAUGUUACUAGUUUGCUAACUGAUUCUGCGGCGACUGUUGUACAGAAUCUAACCGGAGACUUACAACAUUUGGACGGACUAGGGGCUUCGUCUGGAACAGAAUACAUUUAGGUGAGGUAGAGGGCCUCCUGGAGUAGUUGGGAAUCUUCCAGUCAUAAAGUCUUUGUGCUGUUGUGUGUGCGGUGGGUGAUGGUCAUCUGGUGACCAGGGUUGCCCUGACCCUGUGGUGAAUGUCUGUGAGCAGAGGAGGCGUGGCCUUCUGGGUGGGUUGUAUCCGCAGCCAAGGGAGAAGGCAGCCCAUCCAAAAAUGGAGCUGGAGUUUCAGACAGGUGGUGGAUUGCCAGACCUGCCCCCUGAGCAGUGUAGCAUGGGCCCUUGCCCCACCCAACAGCCUGAGAUAUCAGAACUUUAGGCAGCCGGUGCUGUCUAAUCCAAUACAUCAUGCAAGCCAGCCUCAAACACUGGGCUACGGCGAGGAGGACUGGGAGGACUCUCUCAGUGUUUGUGUGCUGGUGCGACAGGGCGAGUCACAUGGCCUCCACACCCUUCUGGAGAUCCCUCUGUUUGGUCACAAUAAAAUGGGAAGGCCCCUCACGUCUUCAGAGUUCUUGUUUCCACUGACCACAGUGGAUGGUAGCAGAGAGGAUGACAUUAACGUAGAGACCUUCAAAAGUAACAACACUGAUGCUGUAAAGAGAGAACACGGCUGCUUCAGAAGCCUGUUUGAAACUGAGGGAUGUCCUGCACCAUUCAUGUCUGGCUCCAAGUUUUACUGCUUUCAUUGCCCUGGCACACACUUGGUGCCUAACAAUGUGCUAAAAUACAGCCAGGACAGCGGACUUGACAAGAAGACGGUGGAGCUGCCCUCUAUAUCUCUGUGUAGCCAUACAGGCAGAGCAGAGGGGGAGCAUAUUGAGAGUGACAGGGAAGGAGAGGAAAAACUGGCCAUGAUGUAUGAAAGGCUGAGGAUAGAGCUUCCAAGAUUCUUUAUGACAAACCAUGACUACUCCAUGUACUCAAAUGAUGUGGAAUUCCUCAACGGCCUCAUAAAUAUCAAGACCAGGGGCCGUGUGAUGUACCGGCUCACGCUCUCCCUGUGGCGCCUACUGUGUCUGUGCUACUACGCUGAAGCUCGACUGGAUGUACUGAAGCUUACCAAACACAUGGAGGACGGGACCAUUAAGGCUCGCUGGAGGAUCAGAGGUCUUCCUUUCCACUCUCUGCUGCUGCGCUUCUAUCGCAAAGACAAAUCGCACCUGUACAGGUCCUAUGAUGCAUUCUCUACGUUCUACAUUGGACAUGACGGAUUUAUUCACUGUCACAAAGUUGAGAAGGUGAUGCCAGCUCAGCCCCCUGUCCUGCCCAGAGUAACUUCCCUCUUGACAGGGGUUCUGGUGGCACUGGGAGUGCAAGAACAUCGACCUGCUCUCAAUUUGUUACCCCUGCUUCUGUCAUCACUGCGACAAAGCAGAAACUGACCCAGAACAAGCAUUAGUGGAAAACCAGUGUCUCUAUAGCCAUGUGACCCUGAAAAGCUAAAGUCGUCUUCACAUAGGAACACAUGAAAAUUGAAAGUUAUGCUUGCUGUUCAAAAAUUUUGUUGUCCCUGAAUUAAAACAACAUCGAGUCUUU